AGGGCCCGCCGGAGAGGGAGGCGAGCGGAUCGCUGGGGCUGCUCGGCUCCCGCGCGCCCUCGCGCUCCCCGCCGCCCGCCGAGGCGCAGGGAGGGCGCAGGCGGCGGGCGGCAUGGAGAGCCUGCUGGAGAACCCGGUACGUGCCGUGCUCUACCUCAAGGAGCUCACGGCCAUCGUGCAGAACCAACAGAGCCUCAUCCACACCCAGCGCCAGCGCAUCGACGAGCUGGAGAGGCGGCUGGACGAGCUAAGCGCCGAGAACCGCAGCCUGUGGGAGCAUCAGCAGCUGCUGCAAGCCCAGCCUCCGCCCGGGCUCAUCCCUCCUUCGCCAGCGCCGCUGCCGGUUGCCCCAGCCCCCCCCGCCACCGCCGCCGCAGGGGCCCAAGACCCGCUCCAGAACCACGGACAGCUCUCGCCCGCCGCGCCGCAGUCCUCGCCGGAGCAGCCCACUCAGCACCACGGACAGCUCCUGCUGCAGCCCCAGCCGGGCCCCAGCAGCCGGGCUCACGCAACCCAGUCGCCACACCAGCACCCGGUGGCGCCCGGGGCCGCAGCCGACAAGGAGAAGGAGCGUCCCCAGAGUUGCUGCGCGGCCGCUGGAGCCCUCCUUCAGCACAAAUCCCCCGCUGCCCUCGGCAAGGGCGUCCUGAGCAGGAGAACCGAGAAUGAGACCGUGCUGCACCAGUUCUGCUGCCCAGCCGCCGACGCCGAGCAGAAGCCCGCCUGCUCCGACCUGGCCUCCCCGAGUGAUGGCUCCUGCGCCCAGGCCGGUGGGGGCGUGGAGGACUCCGUGGCAGCAGCGGCGGUGGCAGCCGGCAGACCCAGUGCCCAUGCCCCGAAGGCUCAAGCCCAGGAGCUGCAGGAGGAGGAGGAGCGGCCGGGGGCGGGGGGUGCCUCCCCUCGGGCCGGCCCCCAGCGUGCGGGCUCCCCCGGCCCGCAGCAGCCUGCCCUGGCGACGGCGCUCUGCUCCCACGCCCCUAACGCCUCCGAUUACGAACUCUCCCUUGACCUAAAGAAUAAACAGAUUGAAAUGCUAGAACACAAGUACGGUGGCCACCUCGUGUCCCGGCGCGCCGCUCGCACUAUCCAAACCGCCUUCCGCCAGUACCAGCUCAGCAAGAACUUCGAGAAGAUCCGCAACUCAUUGCUGGAGAGCCGCCUGCCCCGCCGCAUCUCCCUGCGCAAGGUGCGGGUACCCACGGCUGAGAGCCUGGCGGCCGAGAAGGCGCUCAUGGAAGGCUACGGCCUCAUGGGGCUGCCGCUGGUGCGCUCGCCUUCCCUGCCGCCCACCUUCGCGGGCACGCUCACCGAGCUGGAGGACUCCUUCACUGAGCAGGUGCAAUCGCUGGCCAAGUCCAUCGACGAUGCCCUCAGCACGUGGAGCCUCAAGACCAUGUGCUCCCUGCAGGAGAGUGGUGCUUACCAGAUCCACCAGGCCCUGCAUGCGGGCACGGGGGCCCUGGGCCUGGAAGCCGAGCUGCGGGAGCCCGAGAGUGCCCGCCCGCGGGCUGGGGAAGAGGCCGCCGAGGGUGCCGGCCUCCCCCAGGGCCACAGCAGCACCCUCAUGAUGGCUUUCCGGGAUGUCACCGUGCAGAUUGCCAACCAGAACAUCUCCGUCUCCUCCUCCACAGCUCUGUCGGUGGCCAACUGCCUGGGCGCACAGACUGUCCAGGCGGCGGCCAAGUCUGCUGUGGACAAAGGUGAGCAGAGCGGGGUCCGGGGUCAAGAGGCCCCAGUGGCCCCGGACGCAGGUCAGAGGGAUGCACCUGCCCAGAGCACGUGCGCCAAGGCCGGAGCCGGCAGAGCCCUGCAAGCCACCAUGCCUGGAGGUGCAGACCCGGUGGUGGAGGAGGCUGGGGCUACUACAGAAACAGAGGAGGCGGAGAGGGCAGGGAAGGCGGGGAAAGGGGCCGAAGCUGAGGCCAGCGACAACUUGGAGCAGCUGAGCAGCAGCAGCAUGUUCGCCAAGUCGGCCUCGGAAGAACCAGCCGCGACCUCCAAGGAGGCCCUGCAGGCCAUGAUCCUGAGCCUGCCCCGCUACCACUGCGAGAACCCUGCCAGCUGCAAGUCGCCCACACUCUCCACAGACACCCUGCGCAAAAGGCUCUACCGCAUCGGCCUGAACCUGUUCAACAUAAACCCAGACAAGGGUAUCCAGUUCCUGAUCUCGCGAGGCUUCAUCCCUGAUACCCCCAUCGGAGUGGCCCACUUCCUGUUGCAGCGGAAGGGCCUCAGCCGGCAGAUGAUCGGAGAGUUCCUGGGCAACAGCAAGAAGCAGUUCAACCGCGACGUGCUAGACUGCGUGGUGGAUGAGAUGGACUUCUCCAGCAUGGAGCUGGACGAGGCCCUGCGGAAGUUCCAGGCGCACAUCCGCGUGCAGGGCGAAGCCCAGAAGGUGGAGCGGCUCAUAGAAGCCUUCAGCCAGCGGUACUGCAUGUGCAACCCCGAGGUGGUGCAGCAGUUCCACAACCCCGACACCAUCUUCAUCCUGGCCUUCGCCAUCAUCCUGCUCAACACGGACAUGUACAGCCCCAACAUAAAGCCUGACCGGAAGAUGAUGCUAGAGGACUUUAUCCGAAACCUGCGAGGCGUGGAUGACGGAGCCGACAUCCCCAGGGAGCUGGUGGUAGGCAUCUAUGAAAGGAUACAGCAGAGGGAGCUCAAGUCCAAUGAGGACCAUGUCACAUACGUCACCAAGGUGGAGAAGUCCAUUGUGGGCAUGAAGACGGUGCUGUCGGUGCCCCACCGCCGCCUUGUCUGCUGCAGCCGGCUCUUUGAGGUGACGGAUGUGAACAAACUGCAGAAGCAGGCGGCGCAUCAGAGGGAGGUAUUCCUCUUCAACGACCUGCUGGUGAUUCUCAAACUCUGCCCGAAGAAGAAGAGCUCUUCCACGUACACCUUCUGCAAGUCCAUGGGCCUGCUGGGCAUGCAGUUCCACCUCUUUGAGAAUGAAUAUUACUCACAUGGCAUCACCCUGGUGACCCCACUCUCGGGCUCUGAGAAGAAGCAGGUGCUGCAUUUCUGUGCCCUGGGCUCCGAUGAGAUGCGGAAGUUUGCGGAGGACCUGAAGGAGGCCACCGCUGAGGUGGCGGAGCUGGAGCAGAUCCGGAUAGAGUGGGAGCUAGAGAAGCAGCAGGGAGCAAAGACACUCUCCUUCAGGUCCACCGGGGCCCAGGUGGACCCACAGUCCAAGCAAGGAUCGCCUACAGCCAAAAGGGAAGCUGCCCUGGGGGAGAGGUCUGCGGAGAGCACGGUGGAGGUGUCAAUUCACAACAGGCUUCAAACGUCCCAGCACAGCUCCGGGCUGGGGGCCGAGAGGGGAGCGCCAGCACCGCUGCCAGACCUGCAGCCUAGCCCCUUGAGAGAGCAGCCCCCACCACUGCCACCACCGCCGCCCACUCCCCCCGGGACCUUGGUGCAGUGCCAGCAGAUUGUCAAGGUCAUUGUCCUGGACAAGCCCUGCUUGGCCCGCAUGGAGCCCCUGCUGAGCCAGGCCCUCUCCUGCUAUGCCUCAUCCUCUUCUGACUCCUGCAGCUCCACACCCCUGGGCGGCCCAGGCUCCCCUGUCAAGGUCAUCCACCAGCCUCCGCUCCCCCCUCCCCCACCCCCCUACAACCACCCGCACCAGUACUGCCCACCCGGCUCCCUGCUGCACCCGCGCCGCUACUCCAGCGGCUCGAGGAGCCUGGUGUAGACUGCCCCACUGCUCUGCUGUCCCAGGAGGGCUGCCCGCGGGGCCCAGGGCCGCCCCCAGCCCCCCCACUGCCCCUCGGCUCACUGCCCCCCACCCCCUGGCACAGUGUGCCCCUGGUCACCCAUCGCCAUUGUUUCCAGAGAGAAUCCCAACCCUGGCCCCUGGGUUCACCUCACCCAACCACACUCAGUCCAGCACCUCUCCCCUGCCCUGCAAAUCCGGGACACCACCUCACUCUCCUGGGCCCUAUGCUGCCGGGCAUGGCCAGGCCUCCUCUUCCUCCUGCUGCCAUCUGGCCACCUGGAUCCCAGACUGAAGGGAGCAGGAGCCAAGGGCCUAAUCAGCUUCAGGCCCAGGCCUGGGCCAGAGGGUGCGGGGCAGCACCCACGCACUGGACAAGACAGGGCUCUGGUUCACUGCCCAGCACUGGGGGCCAUGCUGGGCGGAGAGGGACUGGCCCAGGGUCCCUGGAGGGGCCAAGUCACGGGAGGUGUGAGGAGGGGGCUUUCUCGGCUGCCCCCGCCCCACAAGCCUAGCAGUCUCAGGAGCUGCGCCUGCCUGCCCAGGGAUGUUGGCUGCCCUAGCCACACCUUCCCCUACUCCCAGGACCUACCCCUGCUUUCUCAGGAGCUGGGGCCCUGCCUGCCCAGGGCUGCCCAGACUUUAGGAAAGCCUCCGGAGAGGAAGGGGGAAGGGGACCACUCUGCUCUCUCUAGGUCAAGUCAGCAGAGCUGACUAAUUGUGAGGUCAUCUGUCUACAAAACACGCCUUUUUAAAGAGUUCCUUGGUUCUCUAGUCCCAAAUAACACCAGCCAAAGCAGAGUGCACACAGGAACACAGCAGGGAGAACCAGGUUCUUCCAAUGUGAAAGUGGAAGUGGGGAGAUGGGACCGUGACUUGCCCAGGGGUAAAUGCAGCCAGCAGGCAUAGGGUCUGCACUCAAGUCAGGGCUCCCUCUUGGGUGACUCCCACAGGGAUUUGGAUGCAGAAAUGGGCAGGACAAGUAGGUGCUCCAGCUCUCUGGCUGCCACCCUAAGCCAGCCCUGCAGCCUUUCAGUCCCCCCACAACCUGCCCCUGUCCCUGGAAGGCACCAGACCACCUCCAGCAGGGGGACUGAAAGAGUCCCUGCACCCUCAAAAUUGCAAAGGAGAGCCAAGCAGGGCUCACUGAGCACCCCAGGGCCAAGCUGAAUCAGAGUCAGUCUGUACGCGGCCUGCCGAGCCUUGGCAGCUGGCCUCAGGAGCCGCAGGGCAGUACAGCCUCCCCAGUCAUGGCCCUUUCUGGAAGUGUUUGUCCCCAAGCCAGGCCGAAUGCCCCAGUUCUGAGCCAGCAGCUCAUUGCUGUCCUUUGUUAAGAUCGCCUCCCACACGGAGUGCGUUAUCAAAGCACCCCAAAGGCUGAAGUGAAUGUUGGCCAUGUUCAGAGUGAGUCCCCUCCGCCCCUGCGCCCCCCACUGUGGGGCUUGAGCCCGUGGGAGCCCAGAAUCCCCCCCGCAGAGGUUCCAGGUGACCUAGUUUCCUGUGGGGGGUGUGGUCACCCAGACAUCAUGAGUCUCCCAGUGAGUUUAUUUCUGGCCCCGUCACUGUCAGCCCCGUUUCCAUACCAUGUGACCUAUGUGCCACGUCCCCUAUGUGGCUCCCGAGCCCAUCUGCUCCCGUCCUUGUGGCUUCUCUGUAACAUCAUGGCUGACAGAUGGGGCGCCAUAUUCAGAUUCCCCUGGUGCCCCUGGUGCCCCCGGCCAGGGCAGGGGUGCCCCUAAGACGUGAAGGCCCAGAUAGUGGGUGUCAGGACUUGGGGGUGGGAGUGGAGGAACCCCGAGUGAGGGGCUGGAGGCGGGGUGGGUGGCAGGGAGUAUCAGUUACAAAGGAAGAGGUGCUAUGAGGUGACUGGCAUACGUAACGUGGGGGACCCUGAGGACCAGGGGCUGUGAGGAAAGGCACAAUACACACGGUAGGGCCCCUUGUCACCUGCCCACAGUGCUUCUCGUUGACAAAGUGCCCUCCACCCUGCUGAUGGGCAUGCCCACUCGGGCCCCUCCCUCACCUCUGCUGAAGCCCUGGCUUUCUCAAUUGGGACCAGCAGGGUUCCCAGGCUGGCGAGUGCCUGCAGCCUCUGUCUCAGGACCCAGAUGCUCAGGCACCUCUGUGCCCCUUCCCAGGCAGGGGCUCACCCCUCCAUUGCUGCAGUGACUUCCCUGGGCCCCACUGGCAGCACUGGGAGCCCUGACCUAGGGAGCAGACCAGCCUGAGGUCAGCGGCACGUGGGCCAAGCCUACAGUAUGGGAGGCUUUUGAUCCCUAGUGCCCAGGGGACAGGAGGCAGUUGGCCUCCUCGCUGGGGAAGCAAGGGUUCCCAGAGUCUGCAACCUCUGUGCCCUGACAGCCAACAGGCUAAGGUUGGGACACACUUCUGUCCUCGUCCCCAGGGCCUAGCCCCCAAAGACCUGGGACAAGCCUCCUGUCCUCAUGGCAGUGGCCGUGUCGGGGCUCCAGCCUCCCAGAGGGCUCAGCGGGAGAUGCUCGGGCCGUCUUGCGCCCUCAAGGCUGAGGGGCAGUGGAGUGCUGUCUGGGCUCCCAGACCCAGCCUUGGGCUACAUUCCCAGUCACCCCACAAUGGCCCAUGCUAUCAACUCUCUAGGCCUUACUUUGGGGGCCUGGGCCCCUCUCUCAACUUUAUCCAUUCAGCCCCAACUCCACAGCUGGAAGCGGAAGUAGCUUUCCCACCAACUUUGAGCAAGUCCCACCUCCAGACCUGGAACAAGACCCUGCCCUGGCAGCUUGACCCGGAAGCCUGCCUCCCAAGGCCAUCACACUGAGCAGCCCUGGGUCCUGGACCCCUAAACUCCUUGGCCCUCCACCCCACCUGACACCCCCUCCGCCCCGCCAUAGCCUGCCAGAAUGUAUCUUUGAACCCAAUAGGCUCCUCCGAUAGCCAUCUGUCUGUCUGCCCGUGUUCCGCUGUGCACACCUUCUCGCUGCAGUCCGCUCCCUACCGCAUACACCCCUCACCCUACUGGAGAGAAGCCUCUCUAGGGAAAGGCAGGGUGGCUGCACCCAGCCAUUGAUCCAAAUGGCAAAUAUUUUGUAACAAAAUAGCCCAGAGGUAUUUUAUCUGUUCAAUUCAUAGAGUUUUAGAGAUUAUAUUGAAAUAUGUCACUUGAGCAAAUUGUGUCGGUUCUG